UUCUUUCCUCUUACCGGUGCAAUCAGUACAGUGUGAACGAUCGCAUCACAAGGAAGUAUAGUAUAAUAAGUUCAGCAAAAGUGUAUGGGCAAUAUGAAGCAAAUCGUGGUCAUUGGUGCUGGUGUAAGUGGGCUUAGUGUUGCAGUGCAGUUGGCUGAACAUUACUAUAAUGUGGCUAAUGUGACUUUGAUAUCCGAAAAUGUUAGUCCCAACACAACAGGCGACGGAUCGGCUGGUUUAUGGGGUCCUUACUAUUGCGGAAAUACACCGGACCAUAAAAUAGUAAAAUGGUCCAGUGAAACGCACACGUUUUUCCAUCAGCUGUGGAAGAAUGGGCUCGGCGGAAAGAUUGGUGUCUGCUUACAACCGUGCAUGAGGCUUACGACCGAUCCCAAUGGAUAUCCGGAGCCGGCGUGGAAGGAAAUAGUGUUCGGGUGCCAAAAGAUUCAGGAACCGGAAUUGAAGCGACUCAGUAAUGAGCACGGUCGAUCGUACACCGGUGGUUAUCAUUUCGCCACGUUCACAUGUGAACCAUCCGGCCUGUUGCCAUACCUAUUUAAUCGUUUUAUUGCGGUUGGUGGAAAAUUCGUGGCGUCCAAAGUACGUAACUUUGAUGAAAUCAUUCUUAACCGGCCCGUGGAUCUGAUAGUCAACUGUAGUGGCCUUGGUUCGCUUGAGCUGGCGAGCGAUAAGGCAGUGCUUCCGAUCCGAGGUCAGGUAGCUCGGGUUAGUGCUCCAUGGAUUUACGAAAUCAUUCUGGAUGACAGUGAUGAUGGUAAUUACAUAAUUCCCAAUUGCGAGACAGUAAUAUUGGGUGGAACGCAUCAAAUGAACGACUUUAACCGUAACGUCAAACGAGACGACAGCCGAUUCAUAUUCGAUGGCUGUGAACGAAUGCUGCCCAGUCUGCGUAAUGCAAGUGUUACGAAUGAAUGGGUCGGCCUGCGGCCUGGUCGGGACAGCGUGCGCCUGGAAAUGGAACACUAUCGAUCAGAUGAUCAAAAGGGUUCCGUUCCGAUUAUUCAUAAUUACGGACACGGUGGAUGCGGAGUGACACUCUGUUGGGGCUGUGCCAAAGAAGUCGUUGAGAUCAGCAGUACCCUUGGCUGGAGCAAAUCCAGUACAUCUAAGUUGUAGUGUUUGUGUAACUUAGCUUCAAAGUUAUAUGUAUGCUGUAAGUGAAAUAAAACAACAAAGUCAAAAAUA